AUGAACCCGACGUCCCGCAUAAAUGUUCCUAAGGUCAACGGAAAACCGCCAGUUGAGCCCCAAAUCGACCUCGACAAUUCGCCGUCGGGGCAGUUGUAUCCUGACGAUGAGUAUCCAGCGGGCCCAUCUGCCGGCGAUGUUGGCCGAACUCACAACUCACAAAACAAUGGAAGCAUGUCUCCUGUGUCAUACACCUCUAGCUCAAGCCAGUAUUCAUAUUCCGCAUCUCCAGUGUCUUUUCAACCUCAGUCAGCCCCGGCAACUGUAUAUUCGCAUCUUCAUAAUCCCGCGUCUGUCCCUUUUCGCACAGCACAUAAUCGCCUGUUAUCCCGCCAACAAUCGCCCGUUACUGUCACACCUCCCGGACCAACUUCCUCGUCACAACCUCCAGCACAUACCAGAUCUCAUUCCGAUGCACAACCAGCUCAGCAAGUGGCAACCCCAAACCGAUCAGGGACCCUCGCACCUAUUCCGAGCCCAACGACAAACCUGAGCAUGACAUGGGGUGACCAAAACCUCCCACGGCCUACACCGAACAUCUUCUUCGUCCCUCGCUCCACUUCCUCAGCAUCUGCGCGCCCGUCGCUGCGUAGCAACGCUACUACGAAUGGUACCUCCACCCCUGUGCGAAGGCUCCAGCAACCAACUCUUCGUGACAUUGACCCUACGGUUUCCCCAAAACGCUGGUACCUGGAACCAAGUUACUUUCCGGAUGAGCUCGUGAAAGAUCAAAACGGCAACAUAACAGCCGGGACACUCGAAGCUUUGGUGGAACAUCUGACGGAGGAUGUAUUAUCAAAGUCGUUGGAGGCUAAAUUCCGAGAGACAUUCUUCGCCACCUGCCGGACAUUCGCAGAUACAAAAUCUGUUCUCGAUCUACUGUGCGGAGCGUACGAGAGCCUCGAGCCCCGAGAGCCAUCGGAUGAACCCCGAGAGUUAUCGGAUGCGGAGUUUAGGGAAUGGAGGGAUUGUAAGCUCCGACCGGUUCAGUGCCGCGUACUGCGAGUGCUCGCCUAUUGGGUGACAGAGAAGAACAUGGUCGAAAUUGAGGGCGAGGAGCAGGUCAAGCAGUUGAAGGAUUUCUUGACAUGUAUCAGGGUUCCGUCUCCCAAUACGGAGGAUGCUAGAAAGUUGUUGGAACUAAUUCAGGCACGUGCGCCCGAACAACCAAUCUCGCCUUCUUCAAUUUCCCCGACCACUCGGCGGAGAAACCGAGCGAUUCCACUACUACGUAAAGCCGUGAAAGGUGACCUCCUGAAAUGCGAUGCGGUCGACAUCGCCCAGCAGCUUACGCUCAUGCAAUACUCGAUGUACCAGAAGAUAUUGCCUCAGGAGCUUGCGUCGUGGUCGAAAUGCCAGGAUUGGGGGAAGCCGACGAAGUAUACCAGAAACUUGGUUAGAUUUGUUCAAUUCUCGACAAGGCUGCAGACUCUCGUCACGUAUGCCGUUCUCAACACGGAACAGCUUUCAAAACGCCGAGACAUGAAAUGUCGCCAACUUGGCAAUUUCCAUGCAGUGUUUGCGAUUACUGAAGGCCUCCGCGCAGAGUGCCUCGAGAAGCUGCAUCUUACUUGGUCUCACGUUGACAAGGGCCAACGUCUCGAACAGCUAAAACAGUUGGUCCGACCGACGAAAGGAUGGGCUUCGCUUCGCGCUGCCCACGAUGCUAUCGGCAAGACAAAGCCUUGUGUUCCGUUUAUCCAACUAUACCUCGAUGUUAUUAAAGAAAUGGAAGAUUCUGAUUUUCACCCAGACACCGUUCCCUCCAAAAUUCCUGCAACAAUGCUGAUCAAUUUCAACAAACGUCAAUUAGUCCGGGAAUGGUGCGAUGACGCCCUCCGAUUCCAGAACCGGAAAUUCCAGCCUGAAAUAGAAGAGAACCCAGAACUGAUGCAGUUCAUUGAGGAGCAGAUGGACGCUGCGGAUAGCUGCCCUGAUGAAUGGUUUACGGAGAAAGCAAGGAUUGUGCGGGGAGGCGAGGAUGACCAUUCCGAUAUUCGGUACGUGACGUUCGCGUUGCUGGUUUUUAUUAGAGAGGAACCGCAUGGAGCUAAAGCUUCUUUCGCCAUGGUUUUGGUUGCCAUAUAG